AUGGCAUCCUUGGCCAUACAUCCACCCACAGCUGCAUCUUCAUACAACGACCACGGCCAGGACCAUGAGACAGCGACACUACCGCCACCAACCCAUAACAGCAAUGUCGUUGUCUUUGAACAGACCAUCGACGUGGACGAGGAUGUCACCGACUUUUUCAACGCGCGUUUCAACUCUCGAGAGGACCUUGCCAAUAUCAAGAGCGUGCUCCAGAAACAAGCUUCCAUUGGAAAUGAACUUAACCACAAGCUAGAGGAGAGUAAGAAGAAGACGGCACAGGCCUUGAAGACGGCCCAGAACGUGUCAAAAGCCUCGUUGGACGGUCUUCAGAAUCUGGAAUCAUCGGCACUCGACUUGGAGGAGCAGAUGGAGCACUCGGAGGCAUUCGCGUCAGGAAAGAAUAACAAGCACGAUCAGCGCUCGUUGAUCGAGGAACUGAGUGACCUUCAGAGCCGUGUUCAGGCUUUGCAGGACGCGAAGCGCUACAUCCUCAUCAUAUCGCGCACACAACAGUUAAUUUCCGAGACAAGGGGGUUGCUGGAGAGUUCUACAAGUAAGGCACUGGUGCCAUAUGGCUCGCUGACCGAGCUGUUGCGAAGUGUCAAAACGACAUUAGGAGGAAAUAACACCAAACUGGAGGCGUUUUUGACAGCAAGCGUGGAUAGCCUCUUGCAGGAGUUGAAAGCCUCCUUGGCAAAAAAGUUUCAAGCAUCGCUGGACGCGAUUGGCUGGCCAAAGCCCAUCCCGGACGGGUUCGCCCUUUCAGGACAGCAACAGGACGACUUUGAAGGUGCUUUCAAGGAACUCAUGCUCCUCCAGGAACCAACAUUUGGACCUCUGGAUCGAUCGAACAACAAACCAUACCCACCACUUUUGGCGAUUGAGCAGAUGGCCGCACCCUUAAUCCUGAGAUUCAGGUACCACUUUGAUGGCAAGCGACCCACCAAUCGCCUAGACAAGCCCGAGUGGUAUCUGACCCACAUCUUGGAGCUGAUCAAGGACCAUUCGCCAUUUCUUCAAAACUUUGUCCAAGGGAUCGUGCAGGACACUGAAUACCGAGAGUACGAUGCAAAGAAUGAUUUCACUCGCCUGCUUCUGGGCGCUGUGGAGAGAAAGAUCCGUAACUCUGUGCCAGACAUGCUGUCAAGCCCAGAGAUUCUUUCGCACGCGAUCCAUGAAACGUUGCGGUUCGACAAGACUUUGCGCGAUUCAGAAUUGUAUAUCCCGCCUGGUCAGACCUCAGAGUGGCAAGGCACCGUCCAGAUGUAUCUCGACAACCGGGCAUGGCUCAAGACCUGGUUGCGCGCCGAGAAAGAAUUUUCCGUUGCUAGAUACACUCAAAUCAUGGAUGAUGAGGACGCUUGGCAACCGGCGUACGAGAGUUUGGGCGAGAAGGAUCUCAUUAUACCCACAAAAUCGGCUGAAAAGCUCAUGGAUCAUCUUGGGAUUGUUACUGAGCGCUAUAGACCACUCACGGUCCUGGAACACAGGACGUUUUUGCUUGACGUCCAGUUGGACAUUUUGAUCGCUUAUCAUCGACACAUCAGGGGACUUGUGGAUCAAUACGAGUCGAUGACCUACUCAUUUGUCAGAGUCAUGCCUGGCGCUGUUAGUGCCGAAGAGCUUGCUAGCAUGGGCGUGGAAGGACUCCGCAACCUCUGCCAAUGGCUCUUCAGCGUCGAAUACGUCAGUUCUAUCCUCAAAGACUGGGGUGAAGACAUCUUCUUUUUGGAGCUGUACAAAGAGAUUUCGGAGAGGACACAAAAGGUCGUGAACCCUAUGCAUUCGGAGAACGAGGACUCGGAAGCUGAGGAUGAGCCAGACAAAAAGUUGGAUGAGAACGGAACCAUCUUUGACGAGUCUAUCCGGGGGUUCACACAGCUGUCCAAGAGAAUCCAGGACCUUAUUACCAGGAACGCUACCGAGGAGGUCUUUAGCAACAUGAAGCCCUACAUCUCCCUGGCAUCGUGGCCACAAAUCGAGUUUUCGAUGGUCGAUUCACGUCAACCACACUCUCCAACCCAACAGGACCAAUACUCAUCAUCCUUCCAAGAGAGCAGCGAUGAUGUGUCACCAGAACUCUACCAACCUCUCAACAUCCUCACCCGCUCCUUCGAAUUCCUCGCAACAACCCUCCCCACAAAACACUUUACAAACCUCUACCGUCAAAUCUCACUCGAGAUGCAAAACUAUCUCUGGCAGAGGGUGGUGAUGAAGAACUCGUUCUCUGAACUUGGAGGACUACAGUUUACGAGGGAUAUCCAGAUUGGACUUUGGGGUGCCGGGCGGAGAUGGAUAAAGAAGCCGGAGAAUUAUCAUCGCAAAUUGAGGGAUGCUUGUAUCUUGUUGUCCUUGCAGAGCGCCAAAGCCAACUCUCCGCCAUCUCUUACGUUUGACCAAGACGCACCUUCCAGGCAGCGGCAGCCGGUGUAUGCAAAGAGGACGUUGGCGCAGAUUAUGGCGGUGUUGUUUGAUGAGGAUUUGGGGCAGGAUGUUGUCAGGGCCAAGUUGGAGGAAAUUGGGGUCAUGCACUUGGGGUUGACGGAGGCGAGAGAUGUUAUCCGCCGGCGUGUUGAGUGCUGGCGGUGA